AUGAUUGCUUAUGUCGCGCCGACCAUCGUAUCGAUCGGCGCUACGGGAGGCCUUGUUUCGAGGUACGGUCACUAUGUUCCGUACAUGGUUGUUGGCAUCACGAUUGCAAGCAUUGCAGCUGGCUUUUUGACCCUCCUGGAUGCUUAUACGCCUACGGCUACAUGGGCUGGCCUAAUCGUUGUCAAUCGUCUUGGCAUGGGUAUGGCACAGCAGCUUCCGUAUACGGCCCUUCAAGCUGUUCUCGAACCGGAAGAUAUCGCGACUGGCAACGCCAUUGCAAUCUUUUCCUGGCAACUAGGUGGUGCCAUAGCCGUCUCCAUCGGUCAAAAUCUGCUUCUCAAUACCCUCAAGAUUAGUAUUCCUGUGCACACUACGGAAGUCGGCGUGCAGCAGGUCAUCGAUGCAGGCGCUGGUGGGAUCAACUCGAUUGCGCCUGACGGAGCCGUAUUGAAAAGUCUUAGGGAAGCUUACGCUGAAGCUCUAAGGGGCAGUUUUGUACUUGCAUUAGUGAGCACAUGUCUUGCACUUCCUUUUGCUGCGGGCAUGCAGUGGUUGAACAUCAAGAGGGUUGCCGAGGAAAGGAGGGUUAAUGCAAGAGAGGGAGCAGUCGACUUGAUCAGAGUGGAGGAAGCUAAGAAGCUGGAAGAAAAGGACACUUUUUAUACUUAA